UUACUUAUCAAGCAGACAAUUUUUUACAUUAUAACCAAGACAAAGCAAUUAAGUUUGUAUGUAUUCGUAGUGUUGUUGAAAUUAAUAAGAGGCAAUUACUCAGAGCUGAUCUGCUUGUUCUAUAUAUUGGGCUUCCUAGAUACUUGUGUAGUAUGAAUAGAAAAGUAUAUAAAAUGAAUAUGGAAAAACUUUGGCUUGUUGAAGGACAAGAGUAUUUGAUUAUAUCUAAAAAUAUUACUCAAAUUAAUAUUUGGUUAAAAGAUCUUGAUAGGCUAGUAGAAUAUGAAUAUUUU